AUGGCAGCACCGGGCGCCGCCGUGGUCCCGGCUCCGACCAGUUUCGACAAUGCGAGCAUGUUCCAUAACCUCACGCACUGGACGUGGCAGCACCUCAGGCAUUCCGUCAAUGUCUCGCGAUACGCCCCGUCCAUCGAAGACCUGCUCCUUGCGGGACCGAGGAUGCUCACCAAGCUCGGCUCCAUAAUGUCCUAUGCCGAUGCUGUGGACAGCUUCGGCCAGCGUGCGAUUCCCGACACGACAGGCUCGGGCAUCUUUCUCACUACCGCCGGCAGCACGACCUCGAACAUCGCCGCCGACGCAUCCGUUGCCGCAGCGAAUGUGGCCGACUUGGUUGACCAGGACCCCGCCGACAUCGCGUCCCGAUUCACAAUGGAAGGGGCCAAGGGCCUGGGGAGCGUCUUCAGCUAUGCCACCAGCAAGUGGGCGCUGUGCUGUGUAGCCAUGGCUAUCAUCCUGAACCGUACGCACAUCUUCGCCGCGACGAGGCGCAGACUGCGACUGGCGUGGCCUGUACGCCUGCUCCUCCGCUUCCUCCCUAUCGUUCUCUUCCUCUACCAAGCACUACAGCUGCUUCAGUCGAUACAAUGUCAGACCUCGCCCGACUUUUCCGAGCUGCGCUGGGGUAACGCGAGCAAGUCCUCAGACCUGAUGUUUACACAACCCGGCGGGUAUCUGCAUACGGUCAGCCAGACGCUGCUCCUGGGCGCCAGCGACCACGACUCCUGUCGGGCGGUUGCUAUGAUUCCCGAGAGUGACUCGGUCUAUCCCGCCGAAUUACAUGGCUCGCUGUCCCUAUUAUGGCCCCUGUUUGGAACCUUCUGCUUGAGCCAUUUCUUAGAGACCUUGUCCUGCGCUCUGAAUGGCCGAACGGUAGCUGUUGAGACGGGCAUGACACUCUUUGAGCAUUCCCUGGCGUUCGCCGAGGCCGACGCCGCGAUAAGCAACCAGCUUGGAUGGGGGCUGUUCUCGAGCGGAAGCAAUGCAAAUGUCACGUUCACGCCGGGGUCUGGUCCUAGCAUUGCCAUAUCUCGGUCGAUGAUCAUGAGACGAGUGAAUACACCCCCCGAAGUGUUACUCGUUGGUUUUCUUUCUGCCAUGAGCCACGUCACCAGCCACGUUCUGGGAGUAUUCAAUCUUCAGGCAAAGUUUCGACUGCUCAACACCAGCUUCUGGGCCAUGUGCUUCAUGGGAAGCAUCGUCCUGGAGGCAUUCAACUUCUCGCUGGAUGAUCCAUCCAGUAUGGGGCUAUUCAGGUUUCCAACUGUCUGCAUCAUUGGCUUCAUCCCUCAUGUCAUGGUAUUUGCAGGCAUCUUCAGCUGCGCAAUGAUUUAUGGCGCAGCCCUCACAGUGUCGGCUCUUUCGCCGUCUGAGGUGCCAGAAAAUGGCCGGCAACCAACAUUUAGAGAACGACUACGUCUCGCCCACGAGAACAUGCAAGCCAACAUCGCGCUGUCUGACAUCCGGAUAACUCGGGAGAUGGAUUUCUACACAGCUCUACUACGGACAGGUUUCGGUGUCAUAAGCAUGGCCAGUGAAGCAGUCUACCUGACGGAGAACCGUAGCGUGAACUUGAAGCAGCACACAUGGCUGGAAGAAGAACGGUUCCGAGAGCUGGAGAAAUUCCGUAUGCAGUGGACGGGCUCAAAUCUUGGGGAUUCCCGUGAUGAUCAAAUGGGAACAAUAGGACUCGUGCCUGUGAAAGACGGCCAACUUUCAGCAUCGAGUGGCUAUGCCAGGGAGCGGGCUGCGCAGAGGCUGUCAAAGUCCAGGACAGGCGAUAAGCGCCCUCGAGACGGAGUGGGAGCUCUGGAACGAAGCUCUCGGUGGAUCUUGGCCAUGGAGUUCAUUGUGAAUAUCAACCGGCUAAUAUUGCGAUGGGCGUCUCUGAUCAUGCUCAGAGCUCUGGCUGGCGUAGGGAUCACGACGCAACCCCGUGUGCUACUCUGGCUAUCACGGCGAUCCAAAACAGGCAAAAAAGAGGAGCGGGAAGUGGGCCAUGCAAGCUCUAGGAGCCGAGAUACAGAGUAUAUGAUUCGUAACGACGAAAACGCCGACGUUGAAGCUGAGAUGCGCCGCCGUUUACGCGGCUCGCCCGAGACAGCUGGACUUCCCGAGGCAGACUUCGAAUCUCUGUUGUACAAACAUUGGAAGUAUGGUGGGGUCUGGGGUUCAAUAGAUACCAGCGGUGAAUGGGAACCCAAUCCCGACGACGACGACUGGGACACAACAAGCAUGAUUCACAGUGUGGCUGGAAGCGACCUGAGCACAGAUCAGGAUCAGGACUUAUGGGAAGACGAUGAUGCCGCCCUAGACAGCGGCCAACGAACACCGACUCAGCGCUCUCCCUUCGCGUCAAGAGAAACGACCCCAUUUGACACCCCGAUGGCUAUGGGCGAUCUCGCCCGCCUCCUCAACCCUUCGUCGCCCGAGGAUCGGCAGGAGGCUCAUACGCUGGCCGCCCAUCUCAGCAGCGAUCGCAUCAUGACGCGCUCGCAGUAUGCGCAACAUCUCAAACCAAAACACCCUCACCAUAACCGCCCCCAGCGGAUGUCGCCGGACGAGGAGGCUGAGCUCCUAGGGCUCAUUCUCAACUCGCGUCGUUCCGCAACGCCGGCCACGCAACACCAGAGGGGCGCGCUGGAAGGCAGCGGCGCCGAGAGCACGCAGCACAACACGGGUUCCUGGGCCGGGCUCGGCGAGAACGGACCCCAGUGCGUCGUGUGCCACGCGGAACCGCGCACCGUCAUCGUCUGGCCGUGCCGCUGCCUCAGUCUCUGCGACGAGUGCCGUGUCACGCUGGCCAUGAACAAUUUUGACAAGUGCGUCUGCUGCCGCCGUGAGGUCAACAGCUUCUCGAGGAUCUAUGUGCCUUGA